GUGGAAAUUCCAUAAAAGUUAUAUUGGGAUGAUCUCUCUUCCUACAUUAGCUUUCCUCUGGACAAUCUUGGUGCAGAAAGGAGUAGGAACCAGUCUAACUUGGAACUUUGAUAAUGACCCGACUUCGUCUCUUGAGUUCCAGAGCGAUCCUCCAAAUGCAAACAUAACGAUCCAGAGCCUUGAUUAUUAUUUGAAAUUUGACAGUGUGAAUACUCCAAGUUUCAACAGGAGCGCGACAGGGAUGAUUGUGCUUAAUUCCCAAAACACCGUUGAGAUUACGGAUGUUUCUUUCAGCACUGACACUUAUACAGUUUAUAUGGAAGUGUACAUCUAUAAAAAGACGUAUAAUAGCACCCUGUUUUGACACCAUGUUGAUAUCUACACCAACAAUCCCUUAUCUGGGGAUCGAGUCAGAUGGUGUGUCAGAAUUGAACAGGAUGCUAACGACUUCCAUGUGCAUUCAGAAGCCUAUGACGAUGACGAUUUGUUUGUAAAUAAGGUUACUUACUCUGGGGAAACAGGAAUAUCAGGAUGGCGUGCUUUUAGAUUUACUAUUGACUGCCAGUCUUCAUGUUCUAAUUAUCAUUUUUAUACGAAUGUAACCGCGGGAGUUCCAGGAACAUUCCUAGGAGAAAAAUAGUUUGACAAAUACAAAAUUUGCAUGGGACUACACAUGGCCUAAACAAUACUUUGGCCAGUUCGUAAAUGAUACGGGUUCUAAUCCAGCUAGCAAUUGGUUUGUAGGGAUGAUCGAUCUCCUUGUAAUCUGUGAUGACGUUAGUUUUUGAGGGCAGAACAUUUCGCUGACUAGAGAUACACUGGUAGCCGACUCGAAAAAGUUAUAUGAGUACCAUUGGCCACUGAAUGGAGUCUACAAUAAGUAUGAUGAGGAUGAUUCCAGACAAGUUUCAUACGAACAGAUCAGGCAUGACAGUGGGCAAACUAACAUCACGUUUUAUAAUGAUGAUAACGAGAGAGUGGUUUAUCCAACCAAUAAUGGAUGGGUUAGUCUCUACAGAGAUAAUUGGAUUCGAACAGAGCCUUUCCCAUUUAACAAUGCCGUACAAUUUACUAUAGAAUUUGAGUUCUUGAAGUUCAGGCGUGAUAGUGUCUUUGAAGUAUACCCAUGGGCAGAAGAUAGCAGUGAUUGGAACCAAUUUAGAGGGAAAUAUCAUCACAAAAUGACUGUUUACUCUAAAGAGUCUGAUCAUGGAUGAGAUAGCCUUGAUUCAGGGAAAUGGACCAAAACUAUUAUUUCAUACUCUUAUAUUGAUGAGGCUAACAAAAUCUGGCUUGGAAUGGGAAGACAGACAUUGAGAGAUAAUGCAGACACAAGUGCAACCGACUCAAGAUUCUCUCCUCAUCAAAUCGACGGAGGGCCUAUCAAGGGUUUGAACUCAGCUACAAUGUCCAUUAGGAUCAAGAGUCUGAGAGGGAUCAUCAGGAACCUGAAGUUCUACCCAUGGGCUCUUAAUGACGACACGUUCAGAAGUCAUGGGAACUACACUGAUCCUGACAACUCAGACUGGGAGUAUCAGGAGAACCUCGAAGAUAAAUAUUUCCGCAAGUUUUGGGAAAAUAAAAAGACUAUCUCUGAUAGUGACAAUGCUUGUCUAAAUUAUUUCACUGACCAGCCUCAGCUCUGAAUGGACCUGACCCACAAGAAGCAUGAGUACUGCUCUGAAGGAUUCAGAGAAGAAUACUAUCACUGCAUUGACCACUGAGGAGAUGCUAUAGUCCAAAUGGCUCCUAGAAUCAUCGAGUGAGAUGACGGGAAUACAGAGGAUGGCGAUGGUUGCUCUAAGAACUGCAUGAUCGAAGAUAGAUGGAUUUGUGAAGUAGACCCAAUUCUGAAUAAUAAAUCCUAUUGUCAACCAACUUGUGGAAGUGGAACUCUUGAGACAGACACUGAACAAUGUGAUGAUGGUAAUAAUAGCAAUGGAGAUGGCUGUGAGAGAAACUGAACUAUUACAUACAAGUAUAGUUGUGAAGAUGUUUCUGACCAACCUUCUUACUGUACCCCUGCUUGAGGAAACUCAGAACUAAACACAGAGUAUGAUGAAACAUGUGAUGACGGAAACAACUUAGAUUUUGAUGGAUGCUCUAGAGACUGUAUCAUUGAGCAUAAUUAUGAUUGCACUCAUGUGACAGGCAAGCCUGAUAACUGAACUACUGAAUUUUCAAGACCAGUCAUUGUUUCUGACAAAUUUGACCAAACGAAAAAUACAAUUACAAUAGAGUUUGAUCAAGAGAUGAUGGACCAAGAAGUCAAUGACACAAGUGUUUUACUGUCCAUAGAAAGCCCAAAAGCUGAAAUUUCUUUAACAUUCACAACUAAGUUCGAAGGGAAACAGUUCAUUGCCUCUUUCACGCCAAAACCAAACCUUGUUGGAGGAAUUGGUGAAAUUAUUACGCUGAAUUUGCAAGAAACUGCAAUGUUCAAGUCCAACAACAGCAUUCCAAUGCUUUCACCUGUUUCUUUUGCAUAUGCUGUUCCACCAUUUCCAGUCAGUGGAUUAGCUGAAAGCUCAGGUAAAGGUGCAUCAUACGCGUUCUUAUUGACCAUGACAAUAUCGCUUUGAGUGGGAAUGCUGACUGGUGGAUCUUCUGAAACAAUGUGGAGUCUGGCCAACACUCUACAGAUUCUGUUCUUCAUGGGUUUGAUUGAGUUGGAUUAUCCAUCAGAUCUUGCAAACACGUUCAAAAUAAUGGCUUACUCUAAUUUUGAAAACCCAUUUAGUAAAUACAUAACCUCAGCAGCCUUCUUUGGAGUCAAUUUCAUAAGCUCUCCAGUUAGCUCAAAUUUCGAAAGUCUAGGAUUUGAGUCAACGAAUAUCUUGUUUAACAGCUUCGACAAGAUCGGGAUGAUCUGAUUGUUCAUUUUGCUCGUAUUGAUAUCAAGCCUCUUCUACAAGUGAGCUGGAAAAAGUGAGUCCAGAACAGCAAGAUGAGUCAAGAAAUUUGACAAAUCUAUCAGAUAUGAGUCCUUUACUAGAUUUGUGAUUGAACUCAUACUCAACCUCUCUGUUGCUUGCUGGAUCAAUAUCUGGUAUGGAGGUGUUUCAACUGCUGAAGAUAUCAUUGCAUUUGUAAUAUCAAGCUUAAUUUUAUUUGGAAUGUUUGUAUUGACAGCUUAUGGAAUUUAUUACCCAGUUUACCACUUUGAUGACAUCAAAAUGAACCCUGUCAUCCACGAAAGACACUGCCUGUUUUUCGUUGAUUUCAAAAAACAGAGAAUCAAACAACUUCUCUACUUCGGGUUCUUCAUGAUUAGGAGAAUGAUGUUUGCAUUUGUAAUUAUUUGCAUGAAAGAAGACCCUAAAAAACAGCUGAUUUUGUGAAUGUUCAUGUUCACAUGACAGCUUUAUUACUGAGUGUUAGAGAAGCCAUAUGUGUCUCAAAUCAACAAUGUUCUCAAUGUGUAUAAUGAGUUAAUCUUAGUAUCAUUUACAUGCUUUCUCUACCUUUUCACUUGAACAACCGAUUCAAAUACCAUAACUCAAAUUGAGUGGGCAUGCAUUAUGGUGAUUUCUAUAUUCUUCCUGGUGAACUGGUCAAUUAUUUUUCCGUUCCUGAUCUACACCACAGCUAAAUCAUGCAAGCGAAAGAGAUUUGACAAAUCAAUUUUGGACGAAGGAGGACCAAUGACCUACAAUAUCAAAACUCCAGCCAAAAAUGGACCAAAUAGGCCAAGAUUAUCAGUCCAAGAACUCCGAAAAAAAAUCGCAGAAAAUCACCCAUCCUACACCCAUCCCCACCAAAUAAAAAUCAAAAAAGUCCCUGCAAUUUCCAAAUCCAACAGACCUUUUCCUAAUAUAUCCCCACAAACCAAAAGAAAUCCAAUUUCCCCACACAAAAUCUCUUCUGGCGGCAGCUCAGCCCCAAGGAGGCACAAACCGAAACCAUCCAUGAAUAAACACUAA